UCGGCUGGACUCACUGUCUAUCGCAAUGCUCAAAAUAUAUGUUCGUCGGGAGGGUCAGAGACACGUGAAAAUGAAGUAGGGAGGAUAGAAACAGAAAGAAAGGUGUCGUGGGCAGAGCACUAUGGGAAGAGUGGGAUUGUGGGAGAUAUAGGCAUGGGACGGAAAAUAGAGGGUAAAAAAUGGAUGCGAGUAUUUGUGGCUACUUGGACAGGCUUUCUGCCCUAUUUUCAGUAUUUCCUCUGCUCAGCUCAUAGGUUCAAUUUGGAAGACUUGAGUUCUGCCUCAUUUUCGCCACCUCCUUGCUUCCUUCGCGCCAGUUUCACUGCCCAACUUCUGCUGGCUGUCAGUGUCCAGCCGCGUGAAAGGCUUCUUGUGCAAAUGUAA